AUGAUUGCGCAACGCACCACAUUCCACGUGCCCAACUGCCCAGCGCGAGAAUCAGAGUUCACUCUUGCACCGGCAAAGCCCUACCUAUCAUGUCCUACACUUCGUCCUUCCUCUUCAUCAAACCGACCCCUCCCCCGCCAGUACGCCCCAACCGUCGCUCCCGAACCGUCGCUCCCCCUUCGCGACCAAAUCCUCGCUUCACCUCCACCUCUGUCUGGUGUCCGGAGAGAAAUCGCCAAGCAGCCCGACCUGCGCCGGUGCAUCGGCCACGCCCGGAUCCAUGACAAGUCCAUGGAGCUCGUCAAGCGAAACAUCUCGUCCCACCUUCGCUCCAUGGGCAGCGACAGCGAUGACGACCUCGACAAUGAUCUCCCCAUCCCCUCCCGUCGGUCUCUCCGCGGCUCCAAGUCCUCCGCCUCUGCUCCUGCCCCCGGUGAAGUCGACCGUCAAGUCUUUACUUAGUACAUAUCCCAG